GAGCUCCUGGUCUCAGGUGGGGAAGUCACAGCCUUGCCCGUGAACAACUUAAAGCCUGAGACAGGCCCCCAGGGGAGCCCCAGGAAGGGAGGUGGGAGAGGGGAGAUAAUGGAUCCUGCAACCAGAAGGACAGAGUCAUAAACACAGUGACAUUGGAAACCCCAGCAGGGAAAUAGGAGGUGUUUACAAGUAACCUGCCACUUCAAGUCCACUACUUGUCUUUCUUUCCCAGGAACAUCCCAGAAGCCCUCCCGUCUGACCCAGCAGGGCCCCAUUAUGGCCUCUGGAGAGAACCUGACCCUCAGUGUCCCUCUGAUGUCUGUUAUGACAGGUUUGCUCCGUCCAAUGAGGAGUAAGGUGACCUCCCUCAGUUCCUGGGCCAGGAGCCCAAGGCUGUGCCGUCUCAGGCCAACUUCCCCCUGGGCGGUGGGAACCAUAUUCAGGGCCAGUACAGAUGCUAGGGUGGAUAAACCCUCUCCCAAGAGUGGUCAGACCCCAGUGACCCCCUGGUCGUCCUGGUCACAGGUGAGGAGCCCCAGAAAAGUUCAUCCAAGUGCUCUGACUCUGCACAGACCCUGCAGGAGGACCCCCAGGUGCGAUGGUCACAAGAGAGGAAGAAAGACACAGGGCUGGGAGGGAGAAAGUGACAGACUCAGAAAAAACAGCAACAAACUGAGACUGAAGAGUCCUCAGGGUGAGUUGGAGGUCAGCCGUCCCUCACCUUCCCUCUUCUCUCUAGGAGAGUUUCCUUUCACACCUUCACUCAGAGAACAGCCAGGCCCCACCGCAGCCUCAGGAAAGAACAUGACACUGUGGUAUCAGUCACUGAGCUGCCUGGAACCUUUUCUUCAUUUCAAAGUGGGGAGGGCAAACUCCCCUCCCCUGCAUCUGAGAACCCAGCACCAAGCUGGGGUAUACCAGGCCACAUUCACCAUGAGCCCUGUAACCUCAGCCCAUGGAGAGACCUACAGGUGCUAUGGGUCACAGAGCGCUUUCUCCUACCUGUUAUCACAACCCAGUGACCCUCUGGAGCUGGUACUUUCAGGAAGCUCUAAGGAUCAUCAACUCACAUCCAUGGAAUCAGGCCACUGGGUGAAAGAUGAUGAAUGCAAAGAUUCUAGCAAGUUCUUGGCAUACAGUAGGUGCUCACUUUCUGGGCAUCAUUGUGUCAUUCAUGACAUCACUCAUGCCCAUGGUCUCCAAAGGUACCUGAAUGUUCUGAUCAGGGUCUCAGUAGCCUUCAUCAUUCUCCUCCUCUUCCUUUUUCUCUUCAUCAGACAUCUGAACAAAUGCAGUAAGUAUUGGACUAGGCAAUGAAAUGACUUGAUCAUGUUACCGCAAUUUCGCGAGUUAGAGCCACCUACCGCAAAUAGCCAGUUCUUGAGACAGGGGUGAGGUGGGUAGCAAGAGCUUUAUUAGAUAUGCUGGUAUAUGGAGACAGAGGGGAAUGAUCUCCUCCUAAAGUCGUCUGUCUCACCAGAUUACCGAUGUGUUCGGGUUUUUAAGGGAAAGGGGGCCAUAAGUUUUAGGGACUUGUGGAAUGUGAGCUCUCUUUCUUCUGUUUGGUUUCGGUGGUCAUAUCUCAAAAAUAUAUAUAUAUAUAUAUAUAUUUUUUUUUUUUAUCUCAAACAUGUUGAUCUUGUCCUGCCAUUAUCCCAUCAGCUCAGGGGGUAGCUGGCGCCAUCCUUCGUCUUAUUUGACAGGCUUAAAUCAAUAUCACUUGUUUUCCACAGUCUUAGAGGAAACAUUGGUUAACACUUAACCUUUUGGGGAGCUAACAUCAGGAUCUCACUUGGAGGUGGGGAUGGGCUAGGGGAGGGAAAGGAGAGAAAGAAGAAAGAAGAAGGAAAAAAAAAUUGGCUCAGGUACUGUUCAAGAUAUGGCUGAGCAGCCUGUUUCGGUCACAUGAGGCAGUGGGUUUCCAGUAGGGAGAACAAGGGUUCACUAAGGGCAUCAGCCAAGGUGCCCAAAGAGUUGAAAGGAGGCUAUCUUCGAAAGACUCCUGCAGCAUUUCACAAUCAGAAAAUCUAGAAGGAAUAAGCUUAAUGUCAGUGAACAUAUAAAACCCCAGAACCCAGUUUAUGUAAAAUGGUGGCAUCAGAGUUCCUCUCCUAACUUUGGGGGAAGGAGAAAGAAUCACCAUUAACAGCAGCUCUAAGCUGACUCCUUUGAGAUGGAGGUCAGACACACUGAAACAGGCUGCUCAGCCAUACUGAAAACCCCAAUCAACACCCCUUCCCCCCUCUCUUUGUCUUGCUAACCACAAGGUUGUUUUGAGCAGGAAUUCGCAGCAGGUAGUGGCUCCAUCCACUGAGUAGCCCUAGUUACACCUUGAAGCAUGCACAGAUUGAAAUCACAUCCUUCAACUGACACCCCCCACCCCCGCCGCCGCCGCCCCCAAACAUAGGUGUGGGAGGGCUAAAGGCAGGAAAUUCCAGGUACCAAGCCCAACCGCCUGAUGCCAUUAGAAACAAAAAGCUCCCCAGCCCCCUUAGUCAGCGAGCACGUGGCCUUAAGGUCACUGGACCGCACGCGUUCCUUGUAUGCGCAGAAAAUAGACUUGCCACUUUCUGUUUCCGUUGCAAUCAGUGUCCGUCUUAUUUCAAUCGGCUAAUAAGACAGGACAAGAACCCCAGUGGUGUUUGGUUACAAUACCUCCACUCUCAAAACUUUUUACCAAUUCUGUCGCCAGCCGUCCCUUCCAUGGCACUCUCUACUUUUCUACUGGGUUUGAUACUUCCUUGCAAUGGCCACACAGAACUCAGAGACUAUACUCACAAUUAUGGCGUUUAUUACAGAUGUAACACGUCAAAAUUCAGGAUCAGGAUGAACUUGGAAGUAAGAGGAACAACUCAGGAUGUAGUUCUCUGAUCAGGACAGCUUCUUCUUAAUCAUGCCCUUAGGCAGGACUCUGCCACCAGGCUCUGCUUGAGAGGUUCUGCUCAACCUUGGCCCUGCCUCUCAGCAGGCCUGGCCUCUGCCCCACUUGGGCAAGUCUUGAAGCUCUUUCUUUUGCUUCACCAGUAAAUGUUUGGAGGCACUCCACUCCAUCAGGAAGCCUCCUGCUCAAAUGUGCUAAGUUCCCUCACUCUGUGAGUCAGCAAGCCCACUGUAAUCGCUUAAUUCUGUGGUCCAGGAAGCCCACAGUGCCAUCACAUGCCUCCCCUAUUGUCUCCAUUUCUCUGCUGCUGGACUCUGCCAUGCUUGCUGCAUCUCCUCAACAUGGAGUGCUAUCUCCAGUGUUACAGCUCUCCCUGUCUCCUGGAUCUAGGAGGUUCUCAGAGCAGGAACCCUGGGUCCAAAUGUAGCACUCUGCUCCUGGCUCUUCUUUUUGAUGGGAGUAAGUUCCCCAUGUAACUUCUGGAAUUGGCUCCCUAUAACUCUAGCAGAUGGCAAAACAAACCAAUCCCCUACAAGGGUUCCGUGCAUCUUAUUUGCAUACUCUCACCCUCACAAGAGUUCCCUGCACCUUAUUUGCAUUAGCAGACUUCCCAACGUUCUUAGUGGUACAUAAGCACCUUAUUUGCAUAGUCUCAACCAAUCGUUUUGUGGGAGUUACCAGACCAUGACUAAAAAAGCCAUAAAAUAUCAAUUCAUUGCAUUGCACAUACUAAAAGUGUUCUUUCAGCUUUUUCAGUUUUAGGAAAUAUUUGAAAAGUACAUGCAAGUGUUUUUCAAGGUUUGCUUUCCUUUUCAUGAAAUGCAUAUGGAGGGUGGGAAGUUAUAACACUUCCCGGGCUUAGACUCUGUAGAUCUUAACCUUGUCCUGCAAGAGUAUGACUUCCAAAUUCCUGCAGGGGCAACAAAUCUAGAAUCCAAGGACAAGGACUGCAGAACAGGCACUUCCUCCUCCCAAAUCUCCAGGCCCCAGCCCUGCCCACAGUUCCCUCACGGCCACCUCACAUUCCUCUCUGCCUCCAGCCGAGCUGCUGAUGUCCUGGAAGAAGAUCUUUGUGAGAGGAAGAGGAGGAAGCAUCUUGGGAUAAGACAUGGGGACACAGAGAUUUCACAGGCAAUGCCAGGGAGUGGAUAGACUGGGAAUGCUUAUGGGGCUGAGAGGUGGCACAGUUUGCAGUCCAAUCCUGUGUGGCCUUGGGAGCUUCAUUGUCCCUCUCUGAACCUCAAUUGCCCCAUCUGCAAACAGGGGAGGAGUAUGCAGCACUGAAAGAACUCAGGAAUACUUUACAAGAGAUAAAACCCUCUAGUUCUGGCCCUGCCAAAUCGUGCCGGGAAAGGCAAACAGCCUGAGGAGCAAGGACAGCUGGACAGUGUGAGUCCCCUACUCCUGACAUGACACCAAAAAAAACUUCUUGUGAAAGACUUAUUCCAGUAGACGCUUCACUGUCCUCACAUCUCUCCAUUCUCUUCAUCAUCCUACAGUUGACCUCUCCCUCUAGAAAUACUGCCUCUUGCCUGUUGUGGCCUCACUGUCUCCUGGUUUUCUUGCCAUUUCAUGGGGCCCUUCUUCAUGGUCCCAUUUCUUAGCUCCUCUUCCUUUGUUUGACCUUCUGGUGGUUAUAGGGCUCCAAAACUUAAAGGAGUACAUGCUUAAAUAAAUAACCUGAAAGACCCCUCUGCUUCCCUUCAUUCAUUCAUUCUACAAAUAUUUAGAGGAAUCUCACCAUUUAUAAGCUCCAUUUAAGUUCCGCAGGUACAGCACUGAGCAAACCCGUCUCCAUCUUCAUUGAGUUCACCUUCUAGCGAGUCUGAGACAACAUACACAUAAAUGAAUAGUGCUCAGGUAUGCAAAGUGCUGUUAUGAAAAAAAGAAAUUCAGGUGUGCAAAGUGCUGUUAUGAAAAAAAGUGAAAAAGAAACUCGAGAGGGUUAGUCUGAAUUACCCCCGCACAUCUGUGGGGCUUUCGUGCUGCUGUGUUGCUGGAAGCUAUCUAUAGAUAUUCAAAUACCAACAGGGUCAUCAUGGUGGACAGGUUUCAGCCGAGCUUCCAGACUAAGACAGAUGAGGAAGAAGGACCUGGCAAUCUACUUUUGAAAAGAAUUAGCCAGUGAAAACCUUGUGAAUAGCAGCAGAACAUUGUCUGAUACAGUGUUGGAAGAUGAGCCCUUCAUGUUGGAAGCACUCAAAAGACAACUGCAGAAGAGGUGCCUCCUCAAAGUAGAGUUGUCCUUAAUCACAUGGACAGAGUCAUGUUUUGGGACCUUCAUUUGCUGAUAUGGUACAACUCAAAAUGAGAAGAAACAGCUGCAGACAUCCAUUAAUAAUCAGAAUGCAGAGUGUACAAACUAUGAAUCUAGGAAAAUUGGAAAUUGUCAAAAAUGAAAUGGAAGACACAAACAUCGAUACCCUAGGCAUUAGUAAGCUGAAAUGGACUGGCAUUGGCCAUUUUGAAUCAGAUAAACAUAUGGUCUACUAUGCCAGGAAUGACAACUUGAAGAGGAAUGGCAUUGCAUUCAUUGUCAAAAAGAAUAUUGCAACAUCUAUCCUGAAGUACGAAGCUGUCAGUGAUAUGACAAUAUCCAUACACCUACACUGAAGACCAGUUGAUAGGACUAUUACUCAAAUUUACACACCAACCACUAUAGCCAAAUAUGAAGAAAUUGAAGAUUUUUCCAACUUUUGCAAUCUGAAAUUGAUUGAGCAUGCAAUCAGGAUGUAUUGAUAAUUACUAGUGAUUGGAAUGAGAAAGUUAGAAACAAAGAAGGAUCAGUAGUUGGAAAAUAUGGCCUUGGUGAUAGAAAUGAUGCCCGAGAUGGCAAGACAGAAUUUUGCAAGACCAACGACUUCUUCAUUGCAAAUGUCUUUUUUCAACAACAGAAACAGCAACUAUACACAUGGACUUCACCAGAUGGAACACACCAGAAUCGAAUCAACUACAUCUGUGGAAAAAGACGAUGGAAAAUCUCAAUAUUAUCAGUCAGAACAAACCCACUGGCCAACUGUCAAACAGACCAUCAAUUGCUCAUUUGCAAGUUCAAGUUGAAGCUGAAGAAAAUUAGAACAAGUCCACGAGAGCCAAAGUACAAACUUCAGUAUAUCUCACCUGAAUUUAGCGGCCAUCUCAAGAACAAAUUUGAUGUGUUGAACACUGAUGACCGAAGACCAGACAAAUUGUGGAAUGACAUCAAGGACAUCACACAUGAAGAAAACCAGAGGUCAUCCAAAAGACAGGAAAGAAAGAAAAGACGAAAAUGGAUAUCAGAAGAGUCUCUGAAACUUGCUCUUGAACGUCAAAAGGAAGAAAUGAUGAAGUAAAAGAGCCAAACAGAAAAUUUCGAAGGGCAGCUUCAGAAGACAAAGUUAGGCAUUAUGAGAUUUGCAGAGACUCGGGUUUAGAAACCAAAAGGCAGAACGCACUCAGCAUUUCUCAAGCCGAAAGAACCAAAGGAAAAAUUCAAGCCUUGAGUUUGCAAUACUGAAGAAUUCUACAGAGAAAAAUAUUAAACGACACAGGAAACAUCAAAAGAAGAUGGAAGGAAUGCACAGAGUCACUAUACCAAAAAGAAUUGGUCGAUGUUCAACCAUUUCAGAGCAUAGUUUAUGAUCAGGAACCGGUGGUACUAAAGGAAGAGGUCUAAGCUGCGCCAAAGGCAUUGAUGAAAAACAAGGCUCCAGAAAUUGACGGAAAACCAAUUGAGAUGUUUCAACAAAGGAAUGAGGCACAGGAAGUGCUCACUCAUCUCUUCCAAAAAUUUGGAAGACAGCUACCUGGCCAACCGACUAGAAGAGAAACAAAUUUAUGCCUAUUCCAAAGAGAGGUGAUCCAACCAAACACAGAAAUUAUGGAACAAUCCCAUUAAUAUCACAUGCAAGUAUAAUUUUGCUGAAGAUCAUUCAAAAGGGGCUGCAGCAGGACAAGGACAGGAAACUGCCAGGAUUUCAAGCUGGAUUUAAAAGAGGAAGUGGAACCAGGGAUAUCAUUGCUGAUAUCAGCUGGAUCCUGGCUGAAAGCAGAGCGUACUGGAAAGCUGUUUACCUGUGUUGUAGUGCUAUGCAAAGGCAUUUGACUGUAUAAAAAAGAUCAUAACAAAUUAUGGAUAAAAUUGCAAGGAACGGCAAUUCCAGAACACUUAAUUUUACUGAUGAAGACCCUGGUAUAGAUCAAAAGACAGUCCUUCGAAGAGAACAAGGGGAUACAGCAUGGUUUAAAGUAAUGAAAAGUGUGCCUGAGAGUUGUAAUCAUUCACCAUACCUAUUGAAUCUGUAUGCUGAGCAAAUAAUUCAAGAAGCUGCACAAUAGGAAGAAGAACGGGGCAUCAGGAUUGGGUGAAGACUCAUUAACAACCAGUGUUAUGCAGAUGACACAACCCUGCCUGCUGAGAGUGAAGAGGACUUACAGCACUUACUGAUGAACAUCAAAGACCACAGCCUUCAGUAUGCAUCACACCUCAACAUAAAGAAAACAAAAAUCCUCACAGCUGGACCAAUAAACAUCAUGAUAAACAGAGAAAAGAUUGAAGUUGUCAAAGGUUUCACUGUACUUGGAUUCACAAUGAACACCCAUGAAAGCAGCAGUCAAGAAAUCAAACAACACACUGCAUUUCACAAAUCUGCUGCAAAAGAUCUCUUUAAAGUUGUGACCCCAAUACUCCUCAGCAUGUUUUCUCCUUUUUCAAAGUGGGUGACUGAGAGCUUGACAUAACUCAUGUGGUGAUGAACCUGUAAAUUCUUCUGCUUGCUCUGCCUGCCCCCUCCUUCACAUGCUUUUGUUAAUGACUUUGCUUUGACUAAAUGUUAAUGACUUUGUUUUUGUUUUAAACAGAUGCAAAUAACCUUUUGCUAUGUCCAACCACCUGUGGCCUACAACCCCCACAGGAAAGUUGGAGCCCAAGUAUCAGAUAUGUGUAUCUUUAGCCUAAUAAAGAAAGGCAUGGCAGAGGACUACAAAGACACUUCUAACCCUUGUAAGAUUGUAUCUCUUCUAGUCAGUUGGCCAGGUAGCUGUCUUCCAAAUUUUUGGAAGAGAUGAGUGAGCACUUCCUGUGCCUCAUUCCUUUGUUGAAACAUCUCAAUUGGUUUUCCGUCAAUUUCUGGAGCCUUGUUUUUCAUCAAUGCCUUUGGUGCAGCUUAGACCUCUUCCUUUAGUACCACCGGUUCCUGAUCAUAAGCUAUGCUCUGAAAUGGUUGAACAUCGACCGAUUGUUUUUGGUAUAGUGACUCUGUGCAUUCCUUCCAUCUUCUUUUGAUGUUUCCUGUGUCGUUUAAUAUUUUUCUCUGUAGAAUUCUUCAGUAUUGCAAACUCAAGGCUUGAAUUUUUCCUUUGGUUCUUUCGGCUUGAGAAAUGCUGAGUGCGUUCUGCCCUUUUGGUUUCUAAACCCGGGUCUCUGCAAAUCUCAUUAUAAUGCCUUACUUUGUCUCUGGAGCUGCCCUUUGAAAUUUUCUGUUUGGCCCUUUUACUUCAUCAAUGAGACCAAGACAAGGAUGGGCCCUGACUAAAAGAAAAACCGAAGUGCAUUUUGCAAAGAUGAGGGACACUGAAAAAAAAAUGAGUGCCCCAAAAAGAAGAAUGGAAAAGGGCUAGGCAAGAUUGAAAGGGGGAGAAGCUUUUUAAAAGAAUUAUGAAAGACCAGGAGGAGGACAGCCAGUAGACUUUUUGGUUAAUACCAGAGCAGCCUUCUCAGUACUCACCCAGGAGCCAAAAGGGACUGCCUUAACCAGCAAUACUCAAGUCGUGACUGGAAAAGAGGUGACUAAACCCUUUUUGCAGCCAACAGACUGUGAAAUAAGAGAAACUAAGCUAUCCUGCCAGUUUCUAUACAUGCCCAAAUGCUCAAUCCCACUUUUUGUGACGAGAUUUCCUAAGUACAUGCUGAAAUCACUUGAUAAAAAAGGCCUGUCUAUGACAGUACCACCAGGGAAUACCUGGAAUGUGGAAACAGCUCUCAGCACUCACCCAAACAGUGCUAUCCCACAGUUCAAAGAGUGGUCGAUCCUGUGACCCCGUGGGUUUGGGCCAGUGGCUGGCCAGGACGAGCUCAGACUGUCCUCCCUUUGACAGUGGAGCGAUUACUCAACGUCAUGCCUCCUCGGAUUAAACAAAUUGAGGCUCUGCUCGCUUGGGGUUGCAGAGACUGACCACUGGAUACCUAGAGUGAGGACCGUUGCGGGAGUGCCAAUCCUCACUCAAAGCUCCUGUUCUUCCAGUGAAGAAGACAUCAACUGGUGAGUACCAUUUUGUUCACGAUUUGUGGGCUGUUAAUGAAGUUGUGAAGACCUUAUACCCAGUACUCCUAAACCUACAUGCCCUACUAUCAGCCCUUCCACCUUCCAGUACUCAGUUUACUGCUUUGGAUUUAUCCUGCUGACUUCCGAGAGUCAGCUAAUCUUUGCUUUUGAAUGGGAAGGGGGCAUAAGAAAGAAAAAGCUCUGUUAGACUGUGCUACCUCAAAGGUUUAAGAACUCCCCACUAAUUUUGGAACAGCACUGGCCUGAGAUCUAGAGCUAUUACCUCCCUUUAGCUGAGGAAUAUUCCUGCAAUAUGUGGACCUCCUGAUAGGGAACAAGUCUGAGAAAUGCUCUUACAAAUACUGCGACUGUCUUAAACUUUUUGGACCGACUGUCUUUAAGAAAGUUAGAAGCUAACCUCAAUCAGGCUACUCAGGGGGCAGAGAGAGAUCCUUUCAAAUGGAUCUCUGAGUGUCAACGAGCCUUUUGUGAUUUAAAAGUCCCAGUCGAUAAAAGCCCCUGCCCUGGGGCUGCCAGAUUAUCAAAUAUCCUUUAAAUUAUAUAAAUAAAAGAAGAAGAGUAUUAACCCAGUUCUUGGGAUCAUGGAGACACCCUGUCGCCUGUUUCUCCAAAAAUCUGGACACUGGCUCAAAAGGCUGGCCAGCCUGCUCCGAGCAGUUGCCACAGCUAACAUUAUUGUUGAAGAGGCUAACAAAUUUACUUUGGGACAUGAUACUAUUGUGUUUGUCCCUCAUCCAGUGACUGUAGUAUUGGAACAAAAAGGACAUUUGUGGCGCACCGCCAGUCAGCUAACAGUACAUCAAACACAGCUUUUGAGAGAAAUCAAAUUUAACUUUUGUGAAGUGUUCAGAACUAAACAUCGGAUGAAAUAUUUACUGAUGUGUAUAGAUUCUUUUUCAGGAUGGGUAGAGACUUUUCCCUGCUGGACCAAGACAGCUAGAGAGAAGUACAACAGGUUUCAACUGCUUUAAGAAUAAAGUGAAAACUCCACACAACAUGGAGACCUCAAUCUAUUGGAAAAGGGUAAAAGAAUGAAUCAGACCACAAAACGACACUUUGUAAAAACUGUGCCCUAGACAGAUGUUUUGCCACUGGCCCUCCUCUGAGUCCGUAGUGUACCCUGGGGAAAGCUUAAAAUCAGUCUUUUUGAGAUACUUUAUGAGAGACCAUAUUGUCUCAACCAACUCUCCUCGCAACCCUCCAUCCAGCCCUCUAAUGUAAUGAUGUUUAAAUAUUUGCUUUCUCUAACCAAAAUUGUUUCCCAGUUACAUUGGGCAGAAGUUCCUUCUCAAGAUAACUGUGACCAGGUGCUCCUCUGGAAGUAGAAAGACCUCCUGUUACAGCCUAAGUGGACUGGAUCCUUCACUGCACCACUCAGCACUGACACAGUCAUAAUGCUUGCAGGAGUCAAACCAUGGAUCUAUCAUUCCAAGUCAAGCCCUGCCCAGUCUACAGUGACAAAAGGAGUGAAAAGGCCAACCCAUCGAUGGACUGAAGUUAAGACUUUCUAGGGUUAAAAAGUACAAAUGUUUUUAAUGCUAGCUUGGAUGGGAUUACUAUUAGGGGCCAGAGAGAUUUUUCCCCAGAGAAUCUUUGUCCCUGAGAAAAACAUGUUGCUGUAAAUUGCAGAUUCGAGCCGCCUGCCGUGAAAGCCAGUAGUGAAGCAGGAGGAGGUAAGCAGCAAGAGGGCUUUAUUGAACACCGUGUUCAAGAGACAGAGGGGGCAAAACUUCCCUCAGAUUCUGUCUGCCCCAAGAGGGCUACAAGAGGGUUUUACAGGGAGAGGGCCAGGGUUUAGAAAUUUCCAGGAAUGUUGAUUCUUCCUUGAUGGAGACAUAAUGACAAAGUGACUUAUUGUUGACGUGUUGCGGGCCUCUUUGCUCCAUCCUGGUUACGGUCACAAGAUGGGUCCGGGUUUUGUUCAAUUAUCUCAGGUCCUGAUAGUAUCGCUCAUUGUUUCUGUCACCUCAGAGAGAAACAUGGUUUAAUCAGCAACAAAAAAUCUUGAUUACCUUGUUUUUUGACAAUGGAAUUUGUUUUUCUACAAAGGAACAAUCGUGAGACAGAUUCCAGAGCAAAUAAUCAAUGUUUUCAAAGACUAAAGAUCUUAAUCACAGCUUAUAAGGUAAACUGGAAAAUAUAUUCUCUCUUAUUUUAAUACUAAAACACUACAGAAAAUGUAUUUUCUCUGUUUCAUGUGUCCCCCAACCCCUCGUUAGAAGAUAAAAAUUUCUAGGUCUAUAUCACUGGAGAAGUGUCAAACAUUACUAAUUUCUGUCUGCCCUCUCUGGGCAGAGGAUUACAUGCCUAACUCGGCCCUCAAGUCCUGUCUCAUCAAGGUUCGUACUCUUGCACACAGAGUUAAUAUUCUGAUAUUUAUAGCUGGGAACUGUUACAAGAUUCAUGAAAGAUUUGAUUUUUCUUGACUGCUAGAUUUUACCUGGCUAAAAAUCUUAUUUAUUAGUGAAAUUAGAUUGGUUGUUAUAAACCGCUCCCCCCCGCAAAAAAGGUUUUUUCUUGACUGCUAGAUUUUACCUGGCUAAAAAUCUUAUUUAUUAGUGAAAUUAGAUUGGUUAUUAUAGGCCCGUUAAUCUCUUACCAUCUCCAAUUUAUGCUUAUAUGUGAGAUUACAUUCUCUGUCCAAUAGAUGGCUCAAAUCUGUCGCUGGCAGAAGGUGCUUUCGGCUGAAACACUGUGAUCUAUAAAGAAUAGGUAGAAAUUUGGGAUAGGUGAAUAUGGUCACCCACGUUGCAAAGGGGGGAAUAUGUGACCCCAAUACUCCCCAGCAUGUUUUCUCCUUUUUCAAAGUGGGUGACUGAGAGCUUGACAUAUGGUGAUGAACCUGUAAGUUCUUCUGCUCCCUCUGCCUGCCUCCUCCUUCACAUGCCUCUGUUAAUGACUUUGCUUUGACCAAAUGUUAAUGACUUUGUUCUUUGUUUUAAACCGAUGCAAAUAACCUUUUGUUAUGUCCAACCACCUGUGGCCUACAACCCCCACAGGAAAGUUGGAGCCCAGGUAUCAGAUAUGUACGUCUUUAGCCUAAUAAAGAAAUGCAUGGCAGGGGACUACAAAGACACUUCUAACCCUUGUAAGAUUCUAUAUAAGCUCUAAUGUAAAACUGCUCUUUGGGACUCCAUAGAGACAGCCUGUAUUGCUGCUGGGUCCCCGGUGAUGUAUAUAUCUCCUUAAUAAACUUUCUCACUCUUUCUGAAUUGUAGUAUAUUUCAUUGGCUCAGCUGCUCCAGGGCAUGGACCCUAAUCAGGUAAUAAAGUGUUAAAAAGCAAAGAUGGCAUCUUGAAGACUAAGGUGCUCCUGACCCAAGCCAAGGUGUGUUCAAUCGCCUCAUAUGCAAGUGAAAGCUGGACUAAGAAUAAGGAAGAAGAAUUGACACUUUUGAAUUGUGGUGUUGGCAAAGAAUAUUCUAUAUGCCCUGGACUGCCAGAAGUACAAACAAAUCUGUCUUAGAAGAAAUACAGCCAGAAUGCUUCUUAGAGGCAAAGAUGAUGAGACUAUGUCUCACAUAUUUUGGACAUGUUAUCAAGAGGGGUCAGCCUCUGGAGAAGGACAUCAUGCUCAGUAAAGUAAAAAAAAAAAAAAAAAGUAAAGGGCCAUUUAAAAAGAGGAAGGCCUUCAAUGAGAUGGAUUAACACAGUGGCUGCAACAAUGGGUCCAAGCAUAACAGCGAUUGUGAGGAUGGCGCAGGACCAGGCAGUGUUUCAUUCUGUUGUACAUAAUGUCACUAUGAGUUGGAUCAACUCAACGGCACCUAACAACAUAACAACAACAAUCUGAAUUUAAGUGAAGGGUUUGCUGAGAAGGUGGCAUUUGAGGUGAGACCUGAAUGAAGAGAAACAUACAAGUAGUUAAUAGAGGAGCACACCCAGGCAGAGGAAACAGCAAGUGCCAAGGUUCUGAGACAGGAAAAACUUAGUGAGGAUGAUGGAUCAUGUGGUUGGAGACAAAAAGAGAGUAUUAGGAUAAGAGGCCAGAACUACAGGAAGUGACCAGAUUCUGCAGUCUUAGGUUUUAUGUCAGCAUGGGCCUGAAUAUAUCUGAUUUAAAUAUUUCAAGAAUUACUCUGCCAACAGUAUGAAAAAUUGACCGAAGGAGGGCAAGAGUGGAAUGGAGAAGACCAGUCUCCCCUCACUGAUCCUCACCAGAAGAUCCCUGAAGAUGAAAACCCCCAAGCAGUGAUACAUGCCACUCAAGAGCUGGGUGGGAAGUGGUCCCCUCUUCUUCAUGCAUAUUUGGGGGAUCGCAUUCAGGAUGCAUCUCAUCAUAUCAGGUGAGGCCGGGUAGUGACAAGUCUGCAGAUGCCUCUGGAGCCAGGAGGAAGGGGGGGCUGGACCUGGGAAGGUUAAGUGCAAGGGUCUAAUCUACCAUACAGGGGCAAAAUAUCCCUCCCCCUAGAGUUUAACAGCAGAAAAGUGUUUCCUUCCCCUUGCCUGCCCCCUACCCUACUCUACUCCAACACCAGUCCGGCAGUAUUCAACAACUGCCACGCUACCUAAGCCAGGAACUCAGGGCUAUCUGUGACCACACCAGUCUUCCAGCUUUAAAAAAACAAGCCCCCUAAGCCAGGAAUUCAAGGCCAGCCAGGAGGCCCUACCCCUUUGCCCAGCCAAUGGUAUGAGGAGUCUAUAUACAUGCAGCAUCCUUCACCCCUGCCUAGACCUGUGUGGGCCAAUUCAACACCACAUGCCCUCAUUAGCAUAAAACAGCAGGGCUUGUAUUUGAAGCCCAUUUUCAACUGCAGCAGCCAAGGGAGAGCUGCAGAUUCAUGACAGUUGAUGCCACCCUGCCACUUAAGCAAGGCCCUCACCUACCCACACCAGGGGCCUGAGGGUUGGCCAUACCACCCACUCCAUCUAGCCACCCACAACGGAGGCCUGAGAAUAAGUAGUGCCUUCAGUCCCUCCAGCCAAUAGCACCUGGUGCCCAAGGACCAGAUGCAAUAGCCCCCCAAUAUGCACUGUAAGGGACAGGGACAUGUCCUCUACCCAGGCACCCAAGGGCAGUUGUCAGACUCCUACCUUGCUCCACACAUUGCACCCUACUGCAGUCAGAUACCGCUGCCUGCUCUAAAUACCCCUAUAUAGCCCUGCCCGUCUAGGACUGUAGGUGAGAGUCUACACCACACACUGUCUCUCAAAUUUGAUGGCAAAAUUAGGUUGCUUCCAUAUAAAAUAAGGGGAUUUGUAAAAACCAAACCAAAAUUACAAGACAUAUUGAAGGGAGUCCUUUGGAUAGAGAACCAACAAUAUCAGACAACAAUCCAAGACUAGAACACAGGACAGAUCAACCAGUUAUCAACCCAGGUAGGAAAGUUGCUAAAAUAAGUUAAAGCUAAAAGACUGAAAAUAGGGAAACAGAGACAUCAAUAUGUAUACAAUGACAAUGUCAAAACAAAAAAAGAGGAAACAAACAGUGUAACCAUAGAAAUCCUAUAUGGAGAGGAAGUUAAGGAGAUACUGAGAACUAAACGAUCAGUUUAAACUUAGAAAAAUAAAGGGAAAUUUUAAGGAAACCACAAAAGAAGUUAACAAACCUACCCAUCAAAAUAAAAAAGAAGAAAAAAACAUAAAGACUCAGCAAACACAUAAUAAAAAAAUGAAAAGAAAAUACAUGAAGAAAAACAACUCAGAAAAUUAAGUGGAACAAAGAAACUUUCAACACCACAAAAAAAAUACAUCAAAAUGACAGCACUAAACUUAUAAAAAAAAAAAACAAAAAAAACACUAUCCAUCUAUAUGCUGCCUACAAGAGAUACAUCUUAGA